AUGAAAUUAAUAGAGCUGGAAGGAUGGUAACAGUAUUCGACAUCUCCAUAUAUAAAUUAAUUAAAAUAACUCUCGUAAUCCCCUGAAAUUACACCAACAAAACGAUAGCUCUAAGAUAAGUUGCCUUCAAUCCAUUAGAAAAAGUAAGAAUGCCAUAAAAUCCAGAAUUACAAAUCAAGUUAUUUUGCAAAUAAAAAUUAAAUGGGAUAUCAAGUCAUUAGUGAAGAAAGAAAGUCUCAAAAGCUUACCAAACAAUACACUGAAGUGCAUUAGUAAUAAUACUAAUUUCAUGAAUUGUCCUCCUUUAUAGAAUCCCCUAAGAAAUCAAAAAAAAUGAGAGAACUUUAGGAUAGUUUAUUCUAAAAAAGAUCAUAUAGGUUGAAAGUCAAAAAUAAAAUGUUGAAUUUAAAAUAGAAAUCACCUCUCCAUAAUAUAUCCUAAUUAUUGAGAAAAUUAAAUAGUGAAGACAUAAAUAAAAAUGAAUUAGUAUAAAUUUUAGAUAAAUGA